AUGCAUUACUUCUCUUACGACCAUGAAACAUUGAUUAUACACGGGGGAUGUAGCUCAGUGGUAGAGCAUUCGACUGCAGAUCGAAAUGUCCUCGGUUCAAUCCCGAGUGUCCCCUUCCAAUCGUCAUUUUUCAUAAAUCCUUUCAUGCAUUACUUCUCUUACGACCAUGAAACAUUGAUUAUACACGGGGGAUGUAGCUCAGUGGUAGAGCAUUCGACUGCAGAUCGAAAUGUCCUCGGUUCAAUAUCGAGUGUCCCCUUCCAAUCGUCAUUUUUCAUAAAUCCUUUCAUGCAUUACUUCUCUUACGACCAUGAAACAUUGAUUAUACACGGGGGAUGUAGCUCAGUGGUAGAGCAUUCGACUGCAGAUCGAAAUGUCCUCGGUUCAAUCCCGAGUGUCCCCUUCCAAUCGUCAUUUUUCAUAAAUCCUUUCAUGCAUUACUUCUCUUACGACCAUGAAACAUUGAUUAUACACGGGGGUAUGUAG